UAGAAGAAUUUCAUGUUUGUUGUGUUGUGCUUGUGAUUAGAUUUUAGUAAUUUUAAAAUAAAAUACUCGUUCUAUUUUAAUUUACUACCAAUUUUACUUUCAUAAAAAUGUCAACCGAUCUCUAUGCUAGUUUCAACGAACAGUACAUGAAUAUCAACACGAAAAUGAAAAAGCGGUUUAUGCGUAAACCGAACAUCUCAGAAGCGACGAACGAGUUCAUAGCCUUAGCCAUCCAGUGCGAGCAUUCGGAGCAGCCUGCCUUCGCAGCGCAGGCAUACGUAGGCGCCGCCAAGUGCGAGGCUUCCGCGGGCAACUUCUUGGGCGAGGCGGAGCACUACGUCACGGCCGCGCGGCAGUUCAUGAAGGCGGAGAAGAAGCUCGUCUCUUUGAAGUUUCACAGCCCUGAUAGAGAAAACUUAGAGGCAGCCAUAGGAUGCUUCAUGCAAGCCCUCACCAAGUACCCAGCCAAGUCUCCCAUCCGGACAUCCAUCCUGAUGGAGCUGGCCAACGACCUGGCGGUACUGGAGCACAAGCUGGAAGCCGUAUCUUACUACGAGCAGGCACUGGAGGGUGUGGUAGACACGACCAUGCGGCUGAUGUGUAUGAGAAAACUACUGAAUAUGCAGAUUGAAUGUGACAAACUAGAUGUUGCACUGGAAACAGCCAAUGAAAUUUGUGAUUCAAAUACGAAUUUGCCUGAUGACAUAUUGACAGAAAUACAAACGAGCAGAAUACUCCUAACACUCCUGGUGGAGCCUCAGGAAGAGAGCAAACCAGAAUCUCUGAAGCAGCUGAUGUCUGAUCUUCUGAAUGACAGUGAAACUGACACGAUCCCAUUCAACAGCGACCUCCGUCUGAAACUGCAGUCGGUCGCUAUGUCGUGCGCGAGCGGCGAUGUUCCUUCUCUAGUGGGCGUAGCCGCGGACGCUAAGCGCCUCCUCACGGCGCCGCAGGCCGACCUCAUGGACCGACUGUGCAAGGAGAUGAGGCACGCUCAUCUGACUAUUGCAUAAUGGGUGUAGUAUGCUAAUCGUAAGAGUAGGCGCACACCGUUGAUUUCUAGUUGGCCGAUAGU